CAGCCCUCCAAUUCGCCUUCGAGAGCCCCUUAGCACCAUGUCGCGCCCCGAGAAGAGGAGAAGGCUGUCACCGCCCGGCGACGAUGCGCCGGCCAGGAACCACAAGCAGAGCUUCCUGAAGAGCGCCGCGCAAUGGGACCUCGAGCAGGACUACGAGAACCGCCCGCGCCGCCUCGACAAGAAGAAGAAGAAGGGAGACGACAGGCUACCUGUCCGCACAACAGAGGGAUGGGUCGCCCCGCCAACGGCCCACGCGGAAGUCAAGAGCGAGGACGAGUCGGACAGCUUCCUCGGCUCUGGCAGCGACGGAGAGGCAGAGGACAUGCAAGUCGAGCAGGAGGAGAAGACGCCCAAGAUCCCCGCGCGACAGCAAGUCCUUGAAGCGAAGGAGGAACUGGCGCGGAUUGCGAGCCUGGUCAACGAGGACCCAGAGGAGCACAUCGGCGCGCUGAAGACGCUGGCUGCCAUCGCCGAGUCGGACAACAACACCGUCAAGAAGCUGGCGCUGGCCACGUCAGUCACCGUUUUCAAAGACCUGAUCCCCGGUUACCGGAUCCGGCCCAUCGCCGAGGAGGCCAUGGGCGAGAAAGUGUCGAAGGAGGUCAAGAAGCUGCGCCAUUUCGAGCAGAAGCUCGUCUCCGGGUACGAGACAUAUGUCAAGCAGCUGGCGUCGCUGUGCAAGACGAGCGGCUCCAGCGAUGAGCAGAAAGCAGGUCUGGCAACCGUCGCCAUCAGCUGCGCCUGCAACUUGCUGACUGCUGUGCCCCACUUCAACUUCCGCGGUGAUCUGGUUAAGAUCAUGGUCGGCAAGCUGAGCACGAGACGCGUCGAUGCCGAUUUCGUACGGUGCAGGAAGGCGUUGGAGAAGCUGUUCGAGGAAGACGAGGAUGGCAACGUCUCACUGGAGACAGUCACCCUGUUGACCAAGAUGAUGAAGGCAAAGCACUACAACUUCGACGAGAGUGUGCUCAACACGUUCCUCCAUCUCCGCCUCCUCUCUGAAUUCCACAGAAAAGCCUCGUACCAUUCCGUUGAGAAGGACGAAGACGAAAUGAAUGCCAAGAAGAUCAAGCAGAAGCGCGAGUUCAGGACCAAGCGUUUACGGAAAGAGCUGAAGGAGAAGAAGUCGAUCGAAAAAGAGAUGAAGGAGGCCGACGCCGCCGUCUCUCACGAGGAGCGUGAUAGGAUGCAAGCCGAGACCCUCAAGCUAGUCUUCGUAUGCUACUUCCGCAUCCUCAAAGCGCGUUCGCCAAAGCUCAUGGGCGCCGUCCUCGAAGGUCUCGCACGCUACGCCCAUCUCAUUAACCAAGAUUUCUUUGGCGACAUUCUCGAAGCCCUGCGCGACAUUAUCGCCACCGCCGAGCUCUCUGCUGCAGCCGACGUCUCGGAAGACGAAGAUGCUGAGUCGGACGAGGAGGACGACAACGAAGUCCCCGACCGGAACCUGUCGCGCGAGUCCCUGCUUUGCGUGAUAACAGCAUUCGCGCUCCUCGAAGGCCAAGACGUCCUCAAGCAAGCCUCAACUCUCAAACUCGACCUCACUUUCUUCAUCACACACUUGUACCGCACACUGCACCCCGUGGCUCUGAACGCCGACAUCGAGCUCUCGUCCAAGUCUCUACAUCUACCCGACCCGAACGCGCCGGAAACGCACCAAGUACCCAGCACAAACAAGAUCAAUGUGCAGACUACUGUCGUUCUGCUCAUCCGCUCCCUGUCUUCGGUCCUCCUCCCUGCCACAGCGCUGCGCGGCGUCCCACCAGUCCGCGUUGCGGCCUUCACAAAGCAGCUCAUGUCGAUUUCGCUCCAGUUGCCGGAGAAGAGCUGCAUAGCGAUGCUCGGCCUGUUGAACAGAGUAUCGAAAGCUCACGGCAAGAAGGUUGCGCCAUUGUGGAAUACCGAGGAGCGAAGAGGUGACGGCGUCUUCGAUGCGCUGAAGCCCGAGUUCGAAGGCAGCAAUGCGUUUGCGGCGACGGUGUGGGAGGGUGAACUGCUGAGGAAACAUUACAGUCCGAGUGUGCAGGAGGCGCUGAAAGGCAUCGAGGGUAACGUGCGUGAAGCCUUGAAGGGAUAGGUGGUACUGGACAUAGCAGAAUGGAAGACUUUGAUACCCCGCUAUGGUGUUUGCAACUUGUGUUCGAGUCGCGGCUGGGCAGAUUCAACUGCAUUGCGACUUUCCUCCAUGCAGUACGGCCUCACUGUCGAAGCGUUGAACCUUUUGGCAGGCUCGAUGGCUACUCGGCGUUGUCAACGCACCUGUAGCCAUCCGUACUCUCCACGCAUGAAUCGUAUUCUAAAUCAACACGCGUCCGGGUGGGAGCAUUGUAUGCUGGUGGAGGUGAGACAUCCGCCAAGUAGGAAGAAUCAAGGCUUCGACGACUGACUUGCUGAGGAUCGAAUGAAUCUAUGGUGUGUCGUCUCUUCCGUGUCUAUUCGCGUUUCUUGCCAUUGCUGCCUCUCCUUCACGACGGCCUCUCCUUCACGACGGCCUCAUCUCGGUUCCCAAAUUGACAUUGCAGCCUCAUUUUUGGGUAUGUCACUGCUACACACGGAAUG